AUGUUUGAUGCUCUUACCUUCAGACCAUCAUGCGACGACAGAGCAAUUGUGCGAUAUGCUACAGCGACUGGCGCCGUCACUGCCGCAACACCUCCUCGACUCGUUGCCGAGAUCACAUCACCCACGUUCCUCGACUAUGAGCUCAUAUCAGACUUUUUCCUCACAUAUCGCGCCUUCUUGGAACCUUCAGAUCUACUCCGGAUGAUCGUGGCUCGCCUUCGAUGGGCGCUCGGCCGCGAUGAUGAGGUUGGCAUGGUUGUCCGGGUUCGCACGUUCGUCGCUAUUCGCCACUGGAUCCUCAACUAUUUCAUGGACGACUUUGUGAUUGACUACGGUCUCCGAGUGUCCUUCUGCAACCUCCUCAACGAUUUUGUAGACGAGCUCUCCCAAGACGCUCGAGCUCGAAAAGUCCAGCUUAAGAUUUUGGCCGAACUUAAAAAGUGCUGGAGGAGGGUGUGCGCGCAGUACUGGGACGGGCCCGACUUUGAUUCUUCUCUCGACCCCGAUGAGCCCAUAGCGCCGGGAGGAAUUGCUGGCCAUCGUAAUGCCUCUCUGGACCCGUCGUUUUGGGAAAACACAGACCUGCCGCCUCGCUUGUCUGGCCUGUUUUCUGCUGUAAAGCAGACCGCCGGAGACGAGAGAAGCUUCUACGCUGACGUUUCGCGAGCGGGCCAUAUUGGUGAUUCACACAUCUUGGGACCGCGGCCGAGCACGCCCGAGAACCAGAUUGCCCAAGAGUUUGAGCCGCAGCAGACCUCGCCUAAGAGUAUGGCCAGCUUGGAUGUUGUCUCAUGCUCGUUCCCCGGUAAAAUCGGGCGAGCUGUGCAUCCAGGAUCUAGUAACCCUAUGGCAGUUCAUCCCGUGCCACCAAGUUCCGUUUACACAAACGCGGCUGCUAUCGCCACAACUCCCCGAGCCCUCACCGGCAAGCGCGUUCGACCGAGCGCUAAUCAUAAGAGAAACGGGAGUCUGACCGACUCUCUCCGAGAAAGAUCUCACUCUACCGACAAGCUGGGGUUGAAUCAAGACACUGAGCACCUUCUCUCUUUUCCUUACGCAGGAAGUCUGGUCCGUGGAAAUUUGCUUCCUCCCGGCCAGCCUUUUGUGGAGAUACUGCCCCCCAACAUGUCCAGCGAACAACGUGAAACAACCAUCUUCCAGCAAUCUCCUCUGGGCCCCGAGAAGAGCAUGGCGUCGGCCAUGUCAGGACCAGGCAUGAAGAGGUUGAUUGGCAGUGUGCGCAGGGCUCUUAGCACGAGAGGUCAAGGCGUGUCCCCCACCCAAGGAAAUUUCAUCAACAUCUCGCCCAUAGGCCCUCGUGGCGCGACGACGAAUCGCCUGCCUGGCACCGCCAUCGUACCGCAGGCUCGUCCGCAUCAGAACGGCGUUCGACCGCCCGUUCGAAUUGACCUACUCGGUGCUGAAAUUGCGGAAGAUUUCAAAAAGGCUGUCCGAGAAGAUGCUGCUGCCGAAGCUGAGCAGCGCGACCUGGCGCUGCGCCUCCCGGCUGACCUCCCUUUGCAUAGCGCUAUCCCAGACGAAAUGCUGGAAUACUCAGCUGCGCAUGUAGAGACACUCCUGGGUAGCCCCUCGAUGGCCAAUCCAAUCAUAGACGACCACUUGCGACCCAUGAGCGACACAGGCAUCACAACCGGCAGCAAAUCCAUCGUUAUCGUCGACGAUACGCUUCCCUUUGGUAUACCCCUUCCGCUUCCCUUACUGCGUGGCCUGAGACCCAGCAUACAUGACUCUGUGGGCCAUUCCGAGAUCGACUUUGUUGACAACUUGCUCCCGACGAAUGCCGAUCCUACGCCUCCUAAUACGCCACCAGCAGAUGAAUUGGGAACGCCGCGAAGAUCGUCAAGGACUCUCAAUCGACAUGCCAUCCGGCCGUCGCUCUCGUCUGACAACCUGCCUCCAUUCGUUCCUGACCUUGCCACACUGGGUCGUGGGGAGCACGGUGCUAAGCCAUCCGUGGACACCGGCCGGCCCUCCAGCGACGUGCCGAGACCCUCCUCAGAAUCCAACAGACCUUGGACCGGCAUCACUGGCCACGCCAGACCACCACUCUCUGGCUCUGCGCACUGGCGACAAAUGUCUAGCAAGACGAACCAGUCCCUGAAUUCUAUCCUCCAUCAAGGAAACACAUCAUUCCGGAGUGACUACCUACCCCCGUCGACUGUCAGGAGUUUUGAUGCAACGACUUAUUCUGAAGAACGCUCCAUAGCAGACGAUGAUUUAGAGGCUCUCCCGCAACCUCUCCGCGUACUGCGACGUAAGCGUGGGGGCGAUUUGCGAGCUGCCACCAACACGGGGCAACUGGAUAAUUUGCCACUACACAGGACGCGGUCCGUUGGUUCGCUAACAACCUACUCUGAGUCGAUCCGCAGCUCGUACUUGCGAAGCCCUGAGCAAGAUUCUAGUGCUUUUGUCGAUGUUGCUUCGAGCCAGUUUUCACCAGAGCAUGUCAAUACUUUCUCGCUCGGUGUCAUGGCGGAGCAACCACCUAAGCGCGACCUUUCUCUGUUCAGCACUCAUUCGUCCAAGCCAGUCAUGCGGCCGUCCUUUGAGGCAGAAGCUCAAAAGCUUGCACAAAUUCCUGAUGACGCUAAUGACGACGGCGGUGUCGAGUCUGCGUUAGCCAAACUUGAGGGCAAAUACGAGAAAAAGCAGUUCAAGUUGUCGAUGGAGCCCACCAAUACACCUAAGACGAUUCCUGCUCAUCUUGACGGGGCGUUUGGCGGUUCAGACAUGAUCGAGAAGCAGGGACCCGAGCAUUUGCAUCUUGGUGAUGGGGUAGGCUCUACCAAAGCCCCUCACUACGUUGAUGACUUGUCUUCUCCAAGCGGCCCGAUCACCCUCCAUGUUCCACGGAGGCGAGCGCACACGGAUGCAAAGUCAUUCCUCUCGGACAGUCAGAGCUUCCACCCGUCAUACGAGUUUAUUGAGAAGACCCGCAGUAUGGAUGGAGUCCAGUCCGAGAACGCAAGGCACCGUCCAAGCAAAGACCAAUCUUACCUGGACUUGGAAAGCGAAGACGACGGAACCGAUCUCUCCUCUGAAAUGUCGCUAGAGGUCAUCAACUCGGACGACUUUGACGGAGAGGGUAGCUUUCCUCCGAUGGGCCGCAGCACGUCCGUCAUCAAGCGAAUGCCAACCCAUCCUUUGGCUGACUCGGGUUCGGAUCGCGAGAGUCAGCUUCCGUCGCCGCCCAUGACCUUGGCCCAGGCUCUCCAAAUGUCUCCAGAGACCGCCAAGGUCCCUCAGCUUCACGAGCACCAGUUGUGGUCCUCUAAGCCUUUACCACUGCCGCCGACGCCCGAUACAACGCCUACGGCGGCUCAAUAUCCGGAAGACGCUCGGAACGCCUCAGAUGACGUAGCAUCUCAUGUCGAUGCCAGUGUCGCAAGCGACAGAUUCUCUAGGAAGUUUUCGGUUCAUCUACCUUUCAUCCUGGCCUUUGACUCGGAAAUUCUCGCACAACAGUUCACACUGAUCGAAAAGGACGCACUCAACGAGAUUGACUGGAAAGAACUCAUCGAGAUGGGCUGGAAGAAUGCAACUAAUAACGACUCCCGCUCAUGGGUUGACUUCUUGCGUAACACCGAUGCCCACGGCGUCGAGGUCGUCAUUGCCAGGUUCAACAUCAUGGUCAAGUGGGCCUGCAGCGAGAUUGUUCUCACCCAGAACAUUGAGGAGCGAGCUCGGUGCAUCAUCAAGUUCAUUCACCUGGCAGCCCACUGCCACCGCUUCCGCAACUUUGCGACCAUGAGUCAAAUUGCCAUUGCCCUGACAAGUCAGGAGGUUGCCAGGCUUUCCAAGACGUGGGCCAUGGUGCCACGUCGGGAUAUGCAAACGCUUCAGGAACUGGAAUUACUAGUCUCGCCAACCCGCAACUUUCACAAUCUACGGGCUGAGAUGGAAGGCGGUUCCGACUCGGGAUGUAUUCCUUUCGUCGGCAUAUAUACACACGACCUCCUUUUCAACGCGCAGCGUCCGUCCGAAAUCGCCAGUUCACCAACUACAGCUCCUCUGGUCAAUUUUGAGCGAUGCCGGUAUGCAGCCACCAUCGUCAAGACUCUUCUCAGGCUACUCGAGGCCAGCACUCUCUAUCAAUUUCAGCCCGUCGAGGGCAUCACUGAGCGAUGUCUUUGGAUGGGCGCAUUGACUGAUGAGGAGAUCCGAAGACAUUCGGAGAGCUUGGAAUGA